AAAGAGAGAGAGAGAGAGAAAACGUAAGUCAGAUAUUAUCGGAAGUACUAGUACGCAUUGUAUUUGUCUAUGAAAAAGUCAGGAGCCUCGAACGCAUCUCUGAGCGCCAGCUUGGAAAAGCAUGCCGUUCCAGCUAUGUUGCCCAGACAUUCUCUCGUAACUAAUGGCGAGCAAAGCCACGCAGAUGCGUUAUCGAUUUAUUGGUCUUAGCUGCAGUUCUAAGUAGAUUAAACUCUCCUUCGAUUCAGACUACAUGAGACACCAAAAAUGGCGCAUACAGAACAGUUUAGCUCGUGGCUUUGAGAAACAAGUUUAGUAAGUCCAAUUAAAAAUAGCACCUUCGCUAAUUGACGACAACCACAUUCGGCGUAGCCCGCUUAAAUCGAUGUCUGUCCUCUGCGAGUAUUAGCGGCAUCAGUGCGUAAACGCGACGUCUCAAUAUGACCGAACCCGACAAAAAGAUUCGCUUUGAUAACAAGCUAUUGGAUCACAUACAGUCCCGUCGACACGACGAAGCUAAAGCGAGGCUCAGCAAAGACUUGAUCAACGCAUGCGACGAUGAGGGCAGUCUGCUGCAUUACGCAGCCGAAGGGGGUAACGAGGUGAUUGUUGGACAUUUGAUCAAAUUGGGUGCGGAUAUCGACUGCCUGGAUCGAUAUGGCAGAACUGCUCUCGUGAUUGCUGUGAAGUACGAGCAAGUAGCUGUAGCGAGGGAACUAUUGGAAGCUAAUGCCGAUAUUCACAUCGCCAGCGCCGGAUGUCAAAGUGCUCUGCAGAUGGUACUCCAUUGGCGAUACGACAAUACCAAGAUACUUCAAUUGUUUCUGGGCAAGAUGAAAGAUGAAGCGGCUGACACCGAGCAUUUGGUCGAUAGACUGCUAGAUGCUGAUUGCAGUCUGAUUCGCGCCGCCUAUCUAAAUGAUACCCGGGUCAUUCAGUGCAUGCUGCGACGCGGACUCGACGUGAACUCGAGAGAUCCUUGGAACAGGACAGCACUGCACGUCGCCUGCCAAAUCAACGAGAUAAAAUUGGUGAAGUUUCUGGUAGAGCACGGUGCCGACGUAAACUCUUUGGACAUGGAAGGCUACAGCCCAAUUAUGGAGGCCGGAUUCGUCGCGGACAAAGAGACGAUCAAAUGUCUGCUGGACGCAGGCGCCGAUCCCAAUGCCAGUAGUAUUCACUUCACGCUAACCACAGCUUUGUUCCUGGCGGCCCGCAAUCGCAGAAGCGCGUCGUGCAAACAGGUAUCCGCGUGCUUAGAGCUUCUUUUUCAUCGCGACGUCAUACCUGAGAAUGCUGGCGUGCUGUUCGACAUGGCCCACGACGACAUCAAGUCCGAGCACUACGUCGUGCUGAUCAAUUACUUGGCGCUGCUCAAAGAGCUCGGGAACCCAACUGUCGACUCGCUCUUGCAUUGCAAUCGAAAAGACUUGCUCACCGUUCUUCAAGCGUCAGUUGAGUCCUGCCAGAAAUUCCUUAGGAUGGCGGUGUCUGGCGGCCUGUCGAUGCUCAAUCUCUUGACCAACAACGACGACAGAAUGAAAGCUCGCAUGCGCGAUAGUUAUUUAAUGUCGAAACUAGAUGAGCUGCUUUCGGAUGACGAGAAUAAGAAACUGUUUCCCUAUUAUUGCAACACACUCGCCAUGCGACUUUCGAAAGCCAGGCGUUCGCUGGAAUUGGAAAACAAAGCGAUGUUCAUCAUCAGUGAAAUGAUGAAUGGCAGUCUGAAUCAGUUCUACAUAGUUGUCCGCAUAAUUGUUAGCUAUCUAAACGAUGACGAUUUACUUCGCUUGACUCGGAUAUACCAUCGAGAACGCACUUUUCAAUUCUCUUCUUUCAACAUGACUGACAAAAAUGAGAUUCACUUUGACGUAGGCUUGCUGAAUCACAUUAGAUUUCAUUCUAAUGACGAGGCGAAAUUGAUGCUGAAUAACGAUUUAGUCAACGCAUGCGAUGACAACGGCACAUUGUUGCAUUAUGCAACUACCUGCAGUAAUCGAGUAAUUGUCAAGCACCUGAUAGAGUGUGGGGCUGAGGUCGACUACUUAAAUAAGGCUGGCGAAACUUGUCUCAUGCUAGCGGUACGGAAAAACGUCAGGUCCUCAAUCGUCAAAGUGUUGUUAGAAGCCAACGCCGAUAUCUACAAAACUGAUCAUCAAGGAAGAAGUGUGCUGCAGACGGUCUGUGAUCCGAGUUAUCCAUAUUUCGAAAUUCUCGAAUUGAUUCUCAGAAAGCUACGAGGUGAGAUUAAGAACACCGAGAAGUUCGUCGACGAAUUGGUGACCGCAGGAUGUAGUUUUUACCAUGCCGUACACUUGGGAGAUUUCCAGGUAAUGCGAUGCAUGCUACAACGCGGAUUCGACGUCAACUCGAAGGGUUAUUGCGGACGGACAGCGCUACACGUUGUCGCAAUGCGCAACGAAAUGGAAUUGGCUAAAAUACUGAUAGACCAUGGUGCCGACGUAAAUGUUAGCGAUGACACCGAGCGUACGCCUUUCAUAAUUGCCGUUCAAAAUAGACAUAAGGAUAUAUUGAGACUCGUAUUGGAGGCAGGUGCCGAUCCCAAUGGCAAAUAUGACUUUUCACCUGUGUUUAUACUCUUCAUGGACGAUGCAGAUUUGCCAAAUGAAGACUCGGAUGAAUGCCUAGAGCUUCUCUUUCAAUACGGCGUCAUUAUCGAGAAUAGCAGCGACUUAUUUCGAAUGGGCGUAGCUUUAAACCAGCCGAAAAAAAUUAAUAUAUUGGUUAAUUACUUGACGAUGCUCCAGGAAGUUGGCAAACCGAUACCCGACUCGAAAUUACAAUGCCACAGUGAAAAAUUCCGCUUAACCAUUCUAGAGUUGGUUGACUCUUGUCGGAAAUUUUUGAAGACCGCGGUUUUCAAAAACUCUUCAAUUCUUAAAUUGUUGAUGAAUGGCGACAGCAAUAUGAGAAGGCACGUGCGCAAUCAUAAUUUUGUUUCGCACAUUCAGCAGCUCCUUUCGAAUGAUGAAAAUAAGAAACUAUUUCCUUAUUACUGCAGUACAAUUGCAAAGCGAGUCUCUAAAGCCAAAUAUUUCGUGUCACUGGAAAACAAGGCGAUUUCGAUUGUCAGUAUCAUUAUGAACAGCAAUCAGAACCUAUUUUACGCAGUCGCAUGCAAAGUUAUUGAGUAUCUGAAUGACAAGGACCUCAAGAAGUUAGUCCAUGGAUUUCACAUUUUAUAGGCACGUCUCCAGCUUGUACGUAUAAACGUACAUUAGUGGUGGACAAAUAUUUUUGAGUAUAAAUCAACGUAACGUGUAUCCCAGAUGUUGACGACGCCGAUAAAUUUUACAAGACAGUUUACGGAGAGGAAUCUCCGUAACAAAUACGUGUUCUAUAGAAUAAUGACAAUAUUAUAGGUAAUCAUUACCAUCUGAAUUACCUAUAUUCUAUACAUUAAUAAAAUACUGUUGUUCAAUUGACAACAUAUUUUUUAUAAGAAAUUUUCUUUACUCUUUUGGUACAUUUGCCCACAGUUGAUUCACUAGUUUCUUAAGAGUAAAGUUCAUUGAAGAACAUUGAAGAUAAAUCUGCCGAGUGGAAACAAUAAUACGCAUCCAUAAGAGUUGACCACAUAUACACUCAAAUUUGGUAAAAAAUGUCAAAUUUAAACUUUCGAAAAUUUAUAUUUUUUGAAAUAUAUAGUUUAGGGAAAAAUUAUAAAAAACUUUUUCAUCUUAAAAUAAGCCACAUUAAAAAAUAUUUUCCAGUUCGAAAAAAUCGCUUCAUCAUAAUUUGUUUAAAUGUUCGGCAAUUUGAACAAUUUUCUACAUAUUUCUUGAAAAAUCUAAUGGCGAAUUUGAAUUCAGAUAAGCAAAGUACAUAAGAAUAAGAAAUUACCAUCUGGGGCAUUUUCAUUGCAUACUAGAUCAUACCUAGUUUCCGGACUAUAACGUACAUAAAUUAUCGAAUUAAAAUUUCCGAAAAACUAUGGAAAUCAAGUAGUCUAACGCCUUUUGGAGCGAUACGGCGUCACCACCCGUAGCUGAAUGACUGGCAGCUUGUUGUAUUAAUUCUUGAAUAAAUUUAUUAUUUAAUGCGAAAAGUUUCCUUUUCGAUGUUAAUCAAUCUAAGCAACUCGUUCAUCGCUCUCUGGUUUUAACUUUCAAAUUGUUAUCAAUUUUCUCUUGAAAAAGUAGCAAAUUAAUAUCGAUUGUUAGAUACAGUGCAUAACAUGUCUAAUAAAUAGUGAAUUAAUUCAUCUCAUAAAAAAGAGUCAACAUUGUGGAAAUCCUAAUAGAAUUAAAAUUAGUGAAUAAACUCUGUAUCAUAAAUACUAGACAUGUCUUAUUGUCUUUUAACCGAAAAAAAAUUGAUAAACUUUUUAUUGUAAAGAUCACACGUAAUAAACA